AUGGCCACCGAAGGUACCAAGAUCAAGGUCAAGAACCCAGUCGUUGAACUGGAUGGUGAUGAGAUGACCCGUAUCAUCUGGCAGGAGAUUAGAGAAAAAUUGAUCCUUCCUUACCUUGACAUUGACCUCAAGUACUACGACUUGGGUAUUGAAUACCGUGACCAGACCGAUGACAAGGUCACCGUCGAGGCUGCUGAGGCCAUUAAGAAGUAUGGUGUCGGUGUCAAGUGCGCCACCAUCACCCCCGACGAGGCCCGUGUUGAGGAGUUCAAGCUGAAGAAGAUGUGGCUGUCUCCGAACGGUACCAUCAGAAACAUUCUCGGUGGAACAGUCUUCCGUGAACCAAUCGUCAUUCCCCGUAUUCCUCGUCUCGUCCCCGGCUGGAACAAGCCCAUCAUCAUUGGUCGUCACGCCUUCGGUGACCAGUACCGUGCUACCGACAUUGUCGUCCCUGGGCCUGGCAAGCUCGAGCUCGUCUACACCCCUGAGAAUGGUGAGCCCCAGGCCAUCAAGGUCUACGACUUCACCGGCGGCGGUGUUGCCCAGACCCAGUACAACACCGAUGAUUCCAUCCGUGGCUUCGCCCACUCCAGCUUCAAGAUGGCCCUGAUGAAGGGUCUGCCCCUGUAUAUGAGCACCAAGAACACCAUUUUGAAGAAGUACGAUGGCCGCUUCAAGGAUAUCUUCCAGGAGAUCUACGAGUCUACCUACAAGAAGGACUUUGACGCCAAGGGCAUCUGGUACGAGCACCGUCUCAUUGACGACAUGGUUGCUCAAAUGAUCAAGAGCGAGGGUGGUUUCGUUAUGGCUCUGAAGAACUACGACGGUGAUGUUCAGUCCGAUAUCGUCGCUCAGGGUUUCGGCUCCCUUGGCCUAAUGACCUCCACUCUGACCACCCCUGAUGGUAACGCCUUCGAGUCCGAGGCCGCCCACGGCACCGUCACUCGUCACUACCGUGAGCACCAGAAGGGCCGCGAGACCUCCACCAACCCCAUUGCCUCGAUCUUCGCCUGGACCCGUGGUCUGGUCCAGCGUGGCAAGCUCGACAACACCCCCGACGUCGUCGCCUUUGCCGAGGAGCUCGAGCGCGCCUGCAUUGACGUCGUCAACGAGGAGGGCAUCAUGACCAAGGAUCUGGCUCUGGCCUGUGGCCGCAAGGAGCGUGAGGCCUGGGUUACCACCAAGGAGUACUUGGCUGCUGUUGAACGCAGACUCAAGUCUAACCUCAAGGCCAGACUCCAACUCGACCCGCAGGCCCUAUGGGUUUCCAUCCCAUUCUAUAAUCUCACCCUUACGCUGGCCAAAAUCUCCAUGAUCCUGCUGUAUAUGCGUCUUUUCGUGGCCACGAACAAGCGCUUCCGCAUCCUUCUCAUCGUCUUUCUCGUCUUCAUAAUCCUUGUCGGUCUAUGGACCAUGUUCAGCGCCUUUCUAAUAUGCCUCCCGGUUCGCGGGUUCUGGGAUCACUCCGUUCCAGCCACAUGUCGGCCUUUCGCGGUAAUUUGGUGUCUCAAUGCUGCGCUGCAGAUCGUAACGGAUCUAGUGGUCGUCACGACCCCGAUACCCACGCUUGCGCGGCUGCGUCUACCAACCAGACAAAAGGUCGCCCUGAUAUUAGUGUUCGCCCUGGGGUUCUUCGUCUGCGCAAUGAGCAUCAUUCGCCUUGUUAAAAUCAUCCAACUCGUCAGCGACACCACCGACUUCUCCGAGCGCAACGGCCCAGCAGCAACCUGGUCCUCCAUCGAGGCCAACGUCGCCAUCAUCUGCACCUGCCUACCGCCCAUACAACCGCUCCUCACCCGCAUCUGCCCGCGCCUGCUCUCUUCGCGCCCGUGCGCCCGCGACAGCCAACGCCAACGUCAACGGGACAAGGAGCUACCCUCUAUCUACUCGUUUCAUCUUCAUAACCCGUUCGCUGUGACGAGUGGGAAUUACUCGGCUAGUGUCACCGGGAAUUGCUCGGUCAAUGGGGAUGAGUUGCAGGAUACGGAUAGGAUCCAGGUUGUUAGGGAGUUGAGGUGGGAUUUGGAUCAUGCGGAUAGAAGAUCCGGGAGUUCGACCGAGGGGGAAAGUUCGAAAAAGCAAAGACGGGACUCGGGGUUUGCUGGGUGA